AUGGACCAGAAGUACUACUACAUGGUGUCCUCACUGAAGGAGGAGAACUGGACCCUGAAGGAGGCGUUUGUCCGAUUUGCGGACAAGAACCAGAAGUACUCCAAUAUUGUGGUGGAGUCUCUACAAAGGGCUAUGACGGCUUUGGAGGAGGAGAAGAGGCUGAAGGACUCCACCAUCAGAGAAAUGGAGGAGAAUCUUCUUUGUGACGAGAGGGACCAACUGCAGGAGAACUGUCAGAGCAGGAUCCAGGGGGCUCUGAAGGACACCAACAUGGACCAGGAUCAGUUCAACCAGAGAUAUAUGACACUGGGGACAAUGGACUCUGGUCUUCUCGAUGGAGUGGACACAAUGGAAGAGCUUGAGGGCAGGACUCAGGACCUGGAGAUGGACCUGAGAGAAGACAUGGAGGAGAACCUUCUCUGUAAAGAGAGAAACCUUCGGAGGCAGGCGGAGAGUCAGAGCAGGAUCCUGGAGUCUCUGAACGACGCCAACAUGGACCUGGAAGCCUUAAACCACAGGAUGAAGAUACUGGGGGCCAUGAACUCUCGUCUGCAUGACGAUGAUGAUGAGGACAUCGAAGAAGAACUGCAGACUCAGGACCAGGAACUGUUUCUGUCCCUGACUGGAUCUCUGGCGCCCCCUGGAGGAUCAGCUGGGCGCAAAGCCUCUAUGACCACAGAAUCCAGUGUGAGGCUGUCGACCGUAUGGAAGUGA